UUCUUGCUCCGUGUUUGCUGGUGAUUUUACUCCUCCCUUAUACAAGGUCAAAGUCUUAGAACCAAUGCCUAAUGCAAAAAUUCCAGUGGGUCAACCGAUUCAGCUCAAGAUCCAGUCCGACGCGCCGCAAG